AUGGUGUUCAUACUUCGCAAGAUUAAUCACUAUGACAAUUGCGGAUACAUUUAUGUUCAUGAAUUGGCCAAACCUCAACCAAAGGAUUCGAAUUCAACAAACCACCAACAGAAGCAACAACGCGUACGAAGGUCAUCCAAAACACAACGUGGACAUGCAAAUCCCGCAGCCACACCACCCACUUCUCAACAUAAUACUCCUUUUCAUGCACUAUCCAUUGUUUCUUCUCCACAUAAGGAUUCAAGUAGUGGUGGUGAUACAAAUUCGAGAAUAUUACGUACCCAAAGCUUGACAUCCAAUACGACAACAACAACCACUCGAGGAGAUUCUUCGACAAUUCAUUCCAUUCAUUCAAUUCAUCAGCAUGGCGGACAUACACCCUCAUCAAGAGUUUCAUCCAUGGCAAUUUCAGAAGCUUCUGAUUCCAAUUCUGACGUCUUGUCAUUAAACUAUUCUGGAGUUGGAUUUGAGGAUAGACGAGUGACAUUUAAGGAUACUUUGCGACCUUCCUCAUCGUUCUCAACAUCCUCCUCUUUUAGUAUUGCAAGUGCCGCCUCUGAUUCUGCUGCUAACAAUUAUCGUAAACGUGGAAAACAUCCAGUCUAUGAGAUUGACAAAAAUUCACUACUAGAAGACACCAUGGCGAUGGUCGUGAGUCCAUAUUCUUCUGAUCUCAAAUACUUAUCGGUGAUGGAUCUAAAUAAUAACAAUUCAAGCAAGAAUUCGAAAGGUUUCCUUACGAGUCUUUUCAAAACAAAAUCUCGGAGCAAAUUCGAAUUGGAAGUAAUUCGACAGCAAAAGAAUAGAGACAAUCAUUUUCAGAGUAUGAUUGGAUUAUUGGCACAACUUAGGGCUGUUUGUAAAGUAGUUUUGGAAAUUUCAAAUGAUCUCUUGGGUGAUGUCAAUCGCAUUGGAAAUCGAAUUGUGAGUUUAAAUCAUCGAGUGGAAGCAUCGAAAAGAAAGACUCUCUUUCAUGUUACCAAGAUUCUUUCGGAAAAAGAGUCUCCUGACACUUCCACAAAGCAACAUGACAUCAAAUUUAGAUACAAUAAUCAUUCGAUCAUGUCCAGGGCAUUAAUGACAAAAAAGAGUGGCAGUAGUGAGACCGAUGCAUGUAAGGUCCAUCAAAAAGCUGUUGAUCUAUUACAUGAAGUGAAAUCUCGCAUGGUUUCCAAUGCUACCACAUCAACAUCAACAGAAUUGAAUUCAAAAUCUUCAGAGAAUUCUGUGACUUUACUUGGAAGGAACAUUCUUCGAGAAUUAAGCUUUUCAUUGUCAGUAUUAAAACCCUCCUCAAAUUCCGCAUCUCAGAGUGUCACCAGUGCUGCUAGGACCAUCAUUGCCUCUCCUCUUUCUGAAAAAUUACUCACCUUACCAGAACCACUCAAACAUCGCUACGAUAAGAGAUGUCACAAAGAUCCCUCAUUCCAUCCAAAAGCGGAUGCUCAACUAAUCAAGAUCACCACUUCAAGCACAUCCUUUAAAGAUCUCCAAAACGGAAAAUCCACAUAUUUUUGCUCCUAUUUGCAUGAUAUUGAUGUGUUAAAGUGGAUUCAUGAAGGUCAUGUGACCAAAUGUUCCCAACUUGUUUCAUUUCCAGAUUUCUUUCGACUCAAAUGGCAAGAACGAUCAGAGAGAAAUUCACAAUUUCGUCACACGACGACACCAAGACGUCGCACCACUUCUUGCUCUGUUUCAUCGACGACAAAUACAGCGAGUGUGGGUGGUAGCGCCCUUGGUGGAGAGGAAUCUUAUCACCACCACUACCACCAAUAUCAUCAUCAUACGACUUCUUACGAUUAUUCAGAGGAUACACUUGAUGAAGAAUAUACUCUUCAUUUGGAUGACACAAGGUCGACUCUUCCUAAACCCAUCUUACUUCAAAAGAAACCCAUGCGAAUUCCACGUUGGGCAACCAUGGAGAGUGUGUUUACCAAGUAUGGACGAGAUACGGUGGGAGCAGAAUUUGACAACGAUGAUGAAGAUGACCAUGACUUGGAAAGCAGCUGCACACGCAAUUCUGAGUCCUCUUUCACAUCUCAAAGCAGCAGCACUCGUUCUUCAAGUAGUCAUUUGUUCAAUUUUUUUCAGAAACAAAAACAAUACCCUUAUUAUGUGGGAGCUCCCAGUUCGAGUACCAACUCGACCGAGGAUUCCACAUACAAUACUGCCACCUCUACUUCAUCAAAUUUGGAUUCAUGUGAAGAUUGGGCAGUGAAUAAUUAUUAUGGAGGAGGAGGAGGAGGAGGAGAUUCUCAUCACUCACACCACCAAAGUGAUACCAAUAAGAUCACAACACGAUUUUCACUUCGUCUUUUUGGUCACCUGAAAAAACACAAAAAUCCAAAGAAAUCAAAAGCCAUGCAUGAUUUGAUACAAAAUCAAGUGUAUGGCCAUAUUGCAAGAAGUUUUGAAUGGCAUGACAAGAAACAUUCCAUUUCACCAUCUUUAAGCAACGAGGACGACAGUGAUGAUGAGAUUUCAUACCCUCCAACCAGUAUCAUGCACAUUAAUGACAUGUACAACUCUCGAAAAGAAAGUAGAAGACGUUUUUUGAAUGCUCUUAGAAAUUAUCAAAAUAGUAAGGACUUGAUCAACAAGUUAAACGCUCGAAGAUAUUCCCAUGAUGAAGCUUCCUCAAGCAGUAGUGACAGUGAGGUUGACAACAUUUCCAGUGACACUUGUAGUGUGGUUCGAAUUCCAGUCAUGAAUUCAUCGCGUCAAGCACGACCCUCUAGUAUUGAAACAACUGUGAGUGCACUUUCGAUGGACUUUUCUAGUUUUACUUCUCACCACCUCUCUCUGCCUUUAAAUCAUGUGGAAAAUCAACAGGAAACACAUUUACCCAUAAAAGAGAAUCGAAAUUUACUGACCCAACCACCAUCAUCAUCAUCCUCUCAGAAUGUCUUGCCAAUUAAUCACUACGGUGGCCAUUCACAUUCACCUUAUACACCAUCCAGUAAUCCUUCUCAAAGCUUAGAUUCCUUGGAGACGUCAUCCAGUGAGACUGAAAGCGAUAUCAGUAACAUUCUCAGUGAAUUACCUUCAAUCUUUGAAACCUUGCAUCAAGCUUCCAACAACAAGAAUAGAGAUGUUGACAAUAACUCUAUGUUCAAUCAAAAUGCAGACAAGAGGAUAGGGGAAUCACAUGGAGAAACCAUGGAUACAACCAAUCAAUCCUCAUCUUCAACUGUUGAAAGAUCCAAUUUAUCCUUGUCCAAUAAGGAUCUUUCAGCUAGAAUUCUAACUGUAGCCGGAGAACGUACGACACACCAUCAUGACAUCAUGGUGAACUCUCGUCGAGAUCAUGGUGACCCUAGUAGUACAUCUACUGCUGAAACAAGCUCUUCAUUCAGCUCCACAACCAGCUCUUCACUUCAUUCCUCAGAUAUUGGAAAUAAGAGUAAUGAAAAAAAUAAUUUUUCACCCAAUGUGGUAGUGAUGGUGAAACAAAUAUUAAGUCAAGAACCCAUUCGAAUGGAACCUCAUUCUGGCUCUCGUAGAGCUGUUGUUUGUAAUGCCGAUGAAGAGGAUCUUCUAAUUUUGAAUUCACUCAGAAAGAAAAAUCCAUUAAGUGAAUGCGUGAUGACGAUGCAUUCCAAUGAGGACUAUUUCUCUGAUCAACAACAACAACAACCACCUAUUGAUCAUCAUCAGCAGACAACCACACAAGAAUACGAUCCUCCUUAUGAGGAGGAAUUAUCAUCAUUUGAAAACUGGACAUCUGCAAAUAGUGUACACUCCUCCAGUGAUUCUUCAGUCGCUCAAUCGUUUGGUCCAAUCACAAGUCUCACCAAACAAGUCCUUAGUGAAGAGAAAUUGUUUGAGAGAGUUCAACGAUCGAAACCACUCAUUGAGAUUCAUCUUGCAAAUAGUCAACAAUGGAAUAAGGGAGGAAUUCAAAAGAGUGGAAAGCAUGACAAUAAUCAUCCCAUGUUGAAGAGAGAUAGCAAACAAGAUGAUUCUCAACAACAACGAGAUGACGAUGAAAAUGAGGAAUACGAUGAAGAUGAGGAAUAUGAUGAAGAGGAAUAUUCAACCACUGACGACGACAAGAACAACAACAAGGAACAAGAGUCACCACCAUCAUCGUCUUCAUCCAACAAUCAUGCCCCACAAAAGGUUACCAUUCCAUCUCUAUUUAGUCUUGUACGAGGAAAAAACAAAGACACUCCUUCGCAAACUAGUUCAAUGAAUCAUCAGCAAAUGUCUCCUGUCAAUAAGCAAGACAAAUCUCCAUCAAAAUUGAAUGUCAAUAGUCACAAGGAAGUAGUACUAUUAUCAAAUGUGACAAGCAAUCACAGUAAGGAAUUGCAUACAUCGAAUGGUACCAACCAUCGUAAUGUCGCCACUGUGAAUACUACCAAUCCUUUAUCUCUCAAAACAACACCAACAAAAAUUGAUGAAAAGAAUAGUGUCUUGAGGAUGAUCAACGCCAAACAUCAUGAAUCUUCUCAGUCUAAUAAGGAAAUUUCAAAUACUGCUAAAACGACACGAAGCAACAAUGACAUGAGUAACAACUCUCAAACAACUAAUCCAAUGACAAACAUCACUGCCAAUCCUUCAAAUUCCACUACAUGUUCACAACUUCUACCUAUUUCACACCAAAACCAACCUUCCUCAUCACAACACACCAAUGGGUAUGAACAGCAUGCUCUUCAAUCCUCCUCUACUCACAAGUUCACCAUGUUUCAAGACAACAUUUCACAAUUUCGUCGCGCCUCAAAUCAUUCCUCAAGUUACAGCACCACUUCUUCUCUGUCCAGUAUUGAUGACUAUGUCAUUAAUUCCAUGGUUGGAACUCACACGAAUCACUCCAAUAGAAAUGUUUUGAAACACGCAGCAAAAACUCAACCACCCAAAGGAAAUACUCCAUCUCCAAUGUUUGUUUCUAAUCUUCCUUCAAGUUAUGAAUAUUCUAUGAAAGUGAUGGAAUUGGAAAGAAGACGAUCUACUAAUCCAAUUAGUAGAAUUAUGAAUUAUAAAUAUGGAGAAUAUUCUUCAAGUGAUGAAGAAAGUAGUAGUGACUAUUACUUGUAUGAAAGGAAUAGGAAUGGUAGACAUGAUCGACAACGUGGUACUUCUGAUGCCAUGGAUGAUAAGGUCUAUCGUGUCGCUGAGAGUCAUCAGUCGAGAUACAUUCCAAGUGAUGAUGAAUCAUUAGUGUUAGACGAAGAUGCUGACGAUGAUGAUUUUGAUUUUUAA